CUGAAGAACAAUAUACACAGUUAUUGUUAUUGGCAUCACAUCCUCCACCUAAAGGUCAAGAUGUGCAAGGAAACAGCAUCUUGGACAAAUUUCCAAAUCACACCCUACCCCAGCUUGGAAUUUAUGGCUAUGGAGAACUCCAUGUCCAGCAGUAUUGUGAAGAAUUCUUUUGAGUUAGAGAUAGCUCACUAAUACUUUUGUUGAGAGCAGUCAGGCGUGGAAACAAAUGUUAGCCUUGCUGGCAUCACCACCCUUCAAAAACAUCACAGAAGCCCACACGUGUCAGGAUGAUGCACAAGUUCUCAAACUACUGGAAAGCUUCCAGCUGUAGGAAGCAUAUCUAAUUCUGCUACCAGCUCCUGACCAAUAGACCACAACAAGCAAGAGGCAGCAAUAGCAAUAAGGAUCCAGUUGCAGAGUAUUGCAAGAAACAGCAGGGAGUUGUGAACACAUCUCGUAACGUCACAGGAACCAACCUCCCCUCUAUGCACGGUCCAAACUUCUCACUGCCUUGGUUAAGCAGCCAGCAUAACCAAAGGCUCCACCCACCAAAGACAUUCUCUCUUCUCCUCUUUCCCAUCAGGCAGAAGAAACAAAAGCCUGAAAACACGUUGUUGUAAUAGGAGGCUUCUCCUCGGUGGGCCCAGCUGUCGCCGUAAAUGUGAGGGGGCAACGCGAUGUGGGUCUACGCCCUUCCCUCCCAAGGCUCUUAAAGGUUUCUAAAGUGACAAGGGGGAGAAGAUUGCUGAUAUGGUUGGGAUUCUUGCUAUGGCCGAUACAGUGGAGGAAUAUGAUCUUCCCUGUAAGAAGCAGAGGAAAGAUGUUGAGGAUUCCCCCACGAACACAAUCACAAGCUACUUUUCACCAGUUUCCAAAUCGAUUGACACAACCUCCCCAUCACCCAAAUCCAGCAACAUACUCGAUUACUUCAAGAAAACUCAAAGUGGGCAACACACUGCUUCACACUCUGUUGAACGGGAAGGAAAGAAUUCCGCAGGAUUAUCUGUGAGCAACAGUAAGGAAUUAACUCCAAAGAGGCAACGAUCCAGUAAAAGAGUUAAUUUAAACAACAGACUCUCGGCCUCAGAUUGCAAUGAGGUGGUUGAAAUAAGCGAUGCCAGUAACUUGAGUACUGCAGAACUGGAUGGCGUGAGGUCCAUGGUUGGGGUUCUUGGCAGUGAUACAGCAGCACUGAUUGCUCAGCUCUGCGCACAGAGUGAGGAGCUGUUUGAAGACAACAAAGAUAACGUUUCCAUUGAUCUUGAUACCACAGCACGAAGGAAAACAGCAACUGGAAUCAAAAAGGGAAUAGAAAGUACCAACUAUUUAUGUAGCAACCCAUUGAAGAAAACACAGAAGAAAAGAGUUAGAAGGAAAGAGGUGGGUUCUUCUGGACAAUCAGAUGUUGAGAGUAAGACUAAGCAAGAUUGCUGUAAUGAAGGUUCUGUGGCUUCCCAGAUUGUGGUCAUUGAAGAUGAGGGAACACAUCUCAGUGAGGAAAAUGUAGAGCCAACUGCUGAAGAGGCAAGUUCCCUGAACAAUAGCACAGUUACUGUAUCAUAUGAGGAAUUUAUGAAGAACCAAGAGAGUACAAAGGUUUUGGCUGAGAAAGGAGCUGGGAUCCAAUCUGAAACAGUCCAGGAUGUCAGCCUCAGAGAAAGCACAAAUUUAACAGUCCCUCAGCAAGUAUCUCCCAAAACCAUGACUGUCCACGUCCAAGUUCACACUAAUGAUGUGUGUACCUUGCCUCGCACUUCCAAAGUAAAACAGAAGAAGAUAGCAUCAAUCUUUCUGCGUAAAAAAAUGGACCCUGAAGAUGAGGUUGCUGAAAUCCAAGAAGCUGGCCCACAUUCUGCUGAGGGUUCUGACCCAGGUCCCCUCAGAAGAUCCAAUGUUGUGAUAGCAGAGGAAGAGCUGGAGCUGUCUGUGUUGGACACAGCUGAGAAAUCUCCUGUGAAGACCAAAUGCAGCCGUGCUGAAAGGGACCAGUUUAUGAGUGCUUUCAGGCAACCACUCACUGCAGAGCUGGUGAAAAAUGGGAUCAAGAAGGUGGUGCGGAAGUCAAGGGGCUCAAAGGAAGGAUUAGCAGCACCAAGUCUGGCAGCAGAGGAAGGUAGUGACAAGCCCAGCCAAGAGAAGGAAAAUGAGGAAUCUGCCCAUUUUGCAAUGUCAACCCAAGCCAGCAAAGAUUGUAGGGUGAACGUAAAAGACUCUGGAAGCAUGAAAAAGAAAAAAAGAAAAAGCAGGAACUGUCCCCAGGACAAUGGGAAAGCAGACUGUAUAAAUGUAGUUGAUAAUGAAGGGGAGCAAGCUGAUUCCAAUGUGAAAAUAUCUCAAGAGUACACUGCAAACCCAAAACCAUCGAUGCAUAUUGAUCCAGCAACAACCCGAUCAAAUGAAACCUGCAGAAUUACGCGACAAAGCCUUAGACAGCAAAGAGAUACUUGUGUCUAUGACCUGACUCCAAGUAAGCCUAUUGCAGUGGAUAGUCUGGGUACCCCAGUCCAUGUGUCAACACCAAAGCGCGCACAUUGGUCUUCAGAAGAAAACAGCAUCUACAAAGCAGAAAUGCUUCCUGCCAACCCUAAUCAAAGUCCUUUCAGAAUGAAGUUUACACGGCUCUCUCAGUCGAACAGUGCUGAAGGAGUCAGAGGAGGGGAUGAGAAUUUGGAUUUUACCCCCAAGAGCAACCAGAUAUACAGAUCCAAGAACUUGGCUGAAGCAAAGAGAGUGGUUGAGGACGCCAAAGCACAGAACAAGUGCAGGAAUAAUCCUGAAACCAUUACACCACUGAGGCGGUCGAUGCGACAGCAAGCCAAAAAUGAUGAAAAAUCUCCUGGGACUGAGAACCUUUCAGUUAACUUGAGUUCAAGUACAGAAAGCAACUCAUCGUGUAAAAUUCUAAAUGAAAAGAAGCCCAAGAAACUGACAAAUUUGAGUGACGUGUUAGGGAAGAGUUUGGGUGCACCAGCAGCCAAGAACACAACAGAAGACAUCAAAGUUGCUUCCAUAUUUUUAACUAAAAAGGUGGUCAAAGCUCACCCGUUGGAACCUAUCACUAUUGAUGAGAGCAGUUGUAAUGGAUCUGAAAAUUCUCAGGACAUGGAACAGUUCCGAGCUAAGCGUCAGUUUCUCAUGAGUGGUUUGCCGGAUUCCUUGAAAAAGCACAUAGCAAAGGCGGCGGCAGCAAUGGAGAUCUAUUCUACUGCUGGUGUUUCUUUCCAAACUGUUGUUCAUGUCCAGCAAAGAAGUCAAGCAUCACUACUGUGGGACCUACCAUGGCCCAGUUGUGUGAUUCUGAAGCAGUUUCAGGAUAUGAGUGGUAGAAUGGAAGGAAUUCUGAAAUCUUCCCUUUCUCUUGGCGACUUCUCUGAAGUGAAUUACACAGCUCCCACAGCAGCACCUUGGGUUGGGUUAUCUAACUGGAGGAUAGAAUUCUCACAGAAUGUGCAGAAGUGCUUACUCGAAGAAAUAAGGUUGUCCAAUCCAGAGUUCCCUGUACGAAAAUUGUUCAAGCCAUUACUCCAGAAACGAAAUGAUCAUUUUGCAGAUAUGCUCAGAACAGGAUCUUCAAAUAAAAUGGAGAAUUCUGUUAUAGAGCUUGAGGCAGAGCCCCAACAAGCAUUACCUGUGUGUGCCAACCCAGAACCACUGCUGGGGAAAAGGAAGAGACGGGUUGAAAGGCAAGAUCAGAAACAUAAGAGGAAGAAAGCACUUGAAAGUGAACAGGAUUUGGUCAUCAUCAGGGAUGAGGAAUAUUGCACUCAGGAGCUGUCCACAGGGUCUGAGAGCUCUGCAAGGAAUGCAAGAGGCAACGAUAACCAGAACUGCACAGCUUCGACCAGAAAUCGGCUCAAUAGAUCCGUUAAGAGAAAGCAGCAGAAGUCUGAACGUGAGACCAAAGUAGCAGAAGCUCAGGCCAUGUCUGCCCCAUUGUCUGUUUCUAAAUUAACUGACCAACCAAAGAGGGAACAACCUGACACUUCUGAUGAUUUCAUCAGGGAAGAUCUGCUCUGGACUGAGAAAUACCAGCCACAACAUUCCAGUGAACUUGUUGGAAAUCUCGGUGCAGUCAGGAAAUUACACAGUUGGUUAAUGGAAUGGAAGAAAAGAGCUGAUAAAGAAGAAACGAAAAAACACAAGGAAAGAAAGACUGAGAAAGAUAAGAAAGUGGAUGCUUGGGACAACAGUGAUUUUAACUUGGAGAGUUCCGGGGAUGAAGAUUUUUUGUGCAAUACAGUGCUAAUUACUGGACCUCCUGGAGUUGGGAAAACGGCUGCAGUUUAUGCCUGUGCUCAGGAGUUGGGUUUCAAGGUGUUUGAAGUAAAUGCCUCCUCACAGCGGAGUGGCAGACAGAUCCUCUCUCAGCUUAAGGAAGCCACGCAGUCCCACCAAGUUGAUAAACAGGGAAGCAACGCUCUCAAGCCUGCCUUCUUCAGUGGAAGCAAGUCUCUUCCACCACAAACAGCCAGGUCUCCGAAGAAAGCAAACUCUCCCAGAAGCGUCGUCACAUCACCUAGGAAAACGUCCUUGUCUCCUAGGAAAAGGGGCUCGAAGAAGACCCUCGCACCCAUGUUCUUAGCAAAUUUCUUCAAAGCCCCAGUGAAGUCUAACAAAAAUGAAGAAUCAGAAAAAGCUGACGAUCAGAUGAGUGUCAAAUCGCAGAAUAUUUGUAAGGCCCAGAAGAACAAUCCCCAAGUUUUAGAAGUAUCUAAGAUUCAGCCUGGGUCUGAAAGCAAAGACACGGAAGAGUGUAACAGAAAGAGUGCCACAUCACUCAUUUUGUUUGAAGAGGUAGAUGUGAUAUUUGAUGAUGAUGCUGGGUUUCUCAGUGCAGUUAAGACCUUCAUGGCAACUGCAAAACGGCCAGUUAUACUCACAACUACUGAUCCCAACUUCAGUUUAAUGUUUGAAUGCUGCUUUGAAGAAAUCCGUUUUAAAGUUCCAUCUUCAAAAAAUGUUGCCAGCUACCUCCAGCUCUUGUGUCUAGCUGAAAACUUAAGGACUGACAGGAUGGAUCUGGCCUCGCUCCUUGCUCUAAAUAAAUGUGAUAUACGACAAAGUAUCCUGUACCUGCAGUUCUGGGUGAGAAGUGGUGGCGGCCACAAAGUGAACAGAGUUCUCCCCGUUGGAGGAACGAAUGUAGUUCCAAUCCCAGCUGAGGAAGAACCGGCCAGGAAUGCUGUUGCUGCUGAAGGUACUGUGGAAGGAUUGUUAAAGAGCAGCUCCACUGUGAAUAUGCAGGAUGUUCCCAAAUGCAACACAGGAUGUACAGAGAACCUGCUUGGCUUCAGAAACAAUACAGAACCUUCAGCUGACCUCUUUUCUCUGUUCAAGCAGGAUGCUCUCACCCCAGAGCUGUGGUGGAGCCAAGUGCAAGUUCUCCUGGAGUUCCAAAGGCGACGAAUUGACUUCAUCUUCAGCAGCCUGGUGUUUCUUCUGCCUCUACCGCUGCGUGUCAGUCCUAAUCCAAAGAAGCUGGAGGAGAUGCAUGUGAAGGAGACUGGGUCUUCCAUCUGCUCAGCAGUCAAGACCAGUCCCAUAAAACAGUCGAGCAGGGCGAAGCACAGCAGAAAAACCAUUCUGUUUGAUGAUAGUGACUUGUUUGACAAUGAUUUAAACAGCAGCAAUCCUUUUUUAAUGUUACCAAAUGAAAGUUCUACUCCAUCUUCUGCUAAUCAGGCACCAGGAAGCUUGGCAAGUGUAGUGAAUGAGAACGAUAGCUCAGAGAGCAGGUUUGACUCCUCUGUUGCUGAGAAGAAGCCAAGGACAUUAGCAGAAAGAAGGUGUUGUGAGCUGGUGUCUUCGUGCUUGAGGUCGAUAGCUGAAUUUACGGACAGCAUCUCAUUUUUGGACUGCUACCUGAGCAGAGGGGCAAUUGACAGCGAGAGUUCGUGUGGGCACAGCAGCUACCACUGGGCUGCCGCAGAGAUUAAAAACGGCAUGUUGGACGAGAGGAGGCUCGAUCCGGGAGAUUGGUGGUCCCUCCACAGCUUGAGUGAGACCAGAGCAGCUGUAGAGGCCUUGAGCUGGAACAGGUGUCGAUCACAGAUCCAACAUGCCAUGAACUCAUUUGGCACCAAGUGCACAGAGUCAGGAGAGGAAGCAGUGGAGGACCUCGUUCUUUGCGUUCCCUGUCACCAAAACAGCAAUGCGGUGUUCACAGAUCUUCUGUACAAUCAUACCAGCGCUGCAUCUAAAAGGAUUGAUGUACUGAAAACUGUAUUCUCCAACAACAAAGCGUUUGCGGGUCUGAGCAGCAGGCGAGCAAGCGCCGCGGAAUAUUUGCCGGCUCUCCGUACUAUCUGCAGGGCAGAGAAAUUGAAAGAGCAGGGCAAAGCAAAGCGCAGGUUUCUGCACUAUUUGGAUGGUGUGCACCUAGAACUCCCUAAAAACACUCUCGAAGCCCUUGCAAAAGAUUUUCCCUGAAGUUCCUGACAUGAAAGCAAUAUUAUUUGUACAGUAAAAUACUACAUAUUUCAAAGACAAAGACUGUAUCUAUGGGGUAUUUUACCCUGGUCUCUUUCUGGUACGUGUGUGUGGAUGAAUAUUAUUUGUACAGUAAAGUGAUAUGAAUUUUUUUAGAGGAAUGGUGGAUUAUCUUAAUUUAAUUGCAACAGAUAACCACAUACCUGUUGUCUAAUAAUGUAAAACCAGAGCAUGACCAUUUUUAUUUGGUGGUGGAGUCUGUUUAUAACACUUGUGGAGAGUUAACUACAUUGCUGGCCCUCUGAGCAGCAGUUUUUAUGUGAGUUAGGGAAAUCAUUCCAACAUUCACACACACAUUGCCACUGGAUAGGAACCAAGAGUUUGAGCCUCGAAUGUUUUUUUUUAAACUAACUACUCCCCAGUCCUUGUUGUUUUGGGGAAUAAAAGUAUUUGAAUGCUUUUUUGAUUCCUAAACCCUUUUCUUUCCGUGUUGAUAAAUUAUCAUCUCAACCAGUGCUGGUUAUGCAUCUGCCACAAGUGUUAUGAACUGCACCAGAAAUGUAAAGCAGCGCAAACAAAUGAGAUUAACCCUAAACUGCUUACUGAUCAUCUCAUGCAGGGUAAACUACGAUGUGAAUGACUGGUUCAUCAUGUUUUCCACUGAAAGUUUUUAAUUUCCCAGUUUUAUAUUUCAGGAGGAUCAUAAAUAAUGGGCUGUCCCAGUAUUGUACGUGUGAUUGGACACCCCAUUCUGACAAAAACUAUGGAAUUAAGUAAAUCAGACUUGUGCCAUUUAACUGCAAACUCCGAUACCAUGUGGAGUACGAGUCUUAGUGAAGUAGGGAGAUUGAAUUCAGGGGCCAUGGGGUAAUGUUUGCGGCUCUGGUUAGACCACACUAUAAAGGAUAAAGAAUUAUUUAAAAUAAAGUUAGAGGUUAAAGCAUGGAUAUGAAAUUAAAUUGCAUCAAUACCAACAUGUAUUUGGACCGCAAGAUGUAGGAGCAGAAUCAGGCCAUUCGACCCAGCGAGUCUGUCCACCAUUUCAUCAUGGCUGAUCCAUUUUCCCUCACAGUCCCAAUCUCUUUCCUCUACCGUAUCCCUGCAUGCCCUGACCAGUCAAGAAUCUAUCAACCUCUGCCUUAAAUAUACAUAAAGACUUUGCCUCCACAGCUUUAUUCAUUUACAAUGUAAACAACAUAACAAAAAGUGGUGCAGAGAGUUUCUAGUGCAGUGCAGUGCUGAGGUAAUAGACCGGAGUGGAGGUCAGUUCUGGUUGCCUCAUGGUAGGAAGGGUAUGGAAGCUUUAGCAAGUGUACAAAGGAAAUUUACAAGGAUGAUGCCUGAAUUAGAAAGCAAGUCCUAUGAUAGGUUGUGCAAGGUAGGGUUUUUGUCCUUGAUGUGAAGGAGGAUGAGAGGGGCCUUGAUUGAGGUAUGUAAGAUAAUAAGAGACAUCGCUAGAGUGAUUAGCCAGAAUUUUUCCAAGGUGGAAAUGGGUAAUACAAGAGGACACAACUUUAAGGUGAUAAGGGAGGCAGGUUUUCACAGAGUGGUGGGUGUGGGUACGUGGAACGGGGUGGUGGGGGAAGAUACAUGGGGACAUUUGAGAGACUCUUAGGCAUGUGUAAGGGUGAGUAGGCACAACAUCAUGGCCAAAGAGCCUGUUUUGUGUUCUAACUCUCCUUGGGUUUUAGUCAUUGAAAGGAAUUGGUAAUCUAACAAACAAGGAGUAUGGGGCUUUAACAUGAAUUUGUCAGCUGGGCUGUCAGUGUUAUGAGUUGAGAGCCUUCAUUAGUUAACUGUUAAUUUGAUGCUGACUUGCCGAGAUCCUCCAACAUAUUGUGUUGCUCCAGAUUCCAGCAUGUGCAGUCUCUUGGACUCAGAAUAUAAAAUUUUCCAAACCAGUGCUCUGCCUGGUUCAGGAGCAGAAUGGCAUAACCAGCUCUCUACCACCACCAUUCCAGCCAACUUGCAGAAAAUAAGGGAACAUCUCCCAAUCCUUAAAUACUUCUACAAAGCCAAAUGAAACUUUCCCUCCGACACUUAACACCCUCCCCCCCACCCCCCAGCACUCCAAAAUCAAAAUGGACAGUCCCUGCACGAUAUAUCAAGCAGAACUCCUUUGUCUGGGUUUAUCUAUCAUGCCACUGAAGCACAUUACAGUUAACAUAAAAUUCUGCAGCAAUCUUUACUUAAAAUUAUCAAAACAUGACCUCUAUUUAAUUUUGUUAAAUACACACACACACACACACCCCCACCCCAUCCUGCCAUGUAUAGGGGUAGAGGCAGAUAUAUUAGGAAUGUUUAACAGACUCUUGGGUAGGCACAUGGAUGAAAGAGCUAUGUGGGAGGACAGAAUGGCCUGUAGUGUAGCUGUACUGUUCUACAUUCUAUCUGAUGAUCCUCUCUUAGAGGGAUGUGACCCAAUUGGAGGCAGUGGGACUAGUUCAGUCAACGUGGAUAAGAUGAGCCAGAGGACCUGUCCCGUGCUGUGCUGUUCUGUGUUCUAACUUUAAUUACUUUACCUGCCAAAAUAAUUCUGCCAAGACUUCCUAUUCCUAAACCUAAUACUUUCCAGUGGAAAAUUUUCCCAGAUAUGAAAAGAUGUUGGAAGACUUCAUUUAUU